UAAUAAAAUGUGUGUUUUUCCGUAUUGUUUAUUUAUUUAUUCACCAUACUUUGCUCGUACUUACCAGCCUAGACUUUAUAAAAAUGAAAAAAGUUCGCCGUUUUACAACAUCACAAAUAUGCCGUUUUUAUUGAAUUGUAAGGUGCUUUUAUCGGCUUUUAUGCAUAGACAGUAAAAGAAAGCGUUUAUAUGUCGAUUUGUAUUGCGUGAGGUACUUGAGGUUGCCGCUUAUGUUUCUGGGGGACUAUUUCAGUGAUGCAUUAUUUCUCCCGUUCUGAUUGGCUACAUGAUAUUAUGCUUGAAUCUGAUUGGCUGCAGCACACACGGCAUCAAUAGAGCCCUUGUUCUCGAGAAACGGAGCAUUUUUUUUUUACCUCAAUAAACCUUAAUAUUAUAAACAAACUGAAUGAUUUAGUGUCAAAUAUCCGCUCUAUAGGCUUGCGUGUUAUUUAAAGGUUUCAAAAGAUGUCAUAUCAUGGUCGCGGAAGUCCGAGGGGGAGACCAGCAGCGCCAGGGCAGAUGUACCGUUCAGAUACUCCGCGGUAUCACUAUGAUAUGUCGACCACCCCUGCUCCUGUAUACAACCAUCCUGGCACUGGCGGCUACAUGCCUCCUCCUCCUGACCUCAUGCCUUUUCACUUUCCUGUGCCACAACAAGGCUCAAAUGCCAUGCCCCAGUGUCCCAUGCGACCUCCCAUGUUCCCAGAGGCUCCGCCUUUUCCUCCGCCACCUCUUCAUGGAUCGGGCUCAUCUACUUCAGUGCCGCCUCAGAACUCUUACCCCUACAUGAUGCCCUCGGUCACCCCGCUGCCCCUCACGCGGAUGCCACCCCCACCGUUACCCCCCAUGUCCUACCCGCCUUCAUAUCCGAUGAGUUAUCCUCCACAAACCCAAGUCCCUCCUCCACCCACCUUUAAUCCCACAUACGCUCAGCCUGGGGGCUCAUUUAAACCCGAGCACACCACCCGGCAGCCGGCGCAUUACAAGUCGGACAGCUGCCCCCGAUCGCCCGAGAGGCUCCGUCACCAUGAGGGCCACCGUCACGGUGGGCACAGCUACGGAGCUUACGGAGGCCGGUACAACACAGAAUUUGGAUCAGAGAAGAGGGACAGGGGGCGCAGUCCUGAGCACAGACGGUCAGGCAGCCCAAGGUAUAAAGGAGACUAUGACAGGGGGAGCGGGUCACAGAGGCAUCGCAGCAGAGAGCAUUAUCGCCAUAGAGACGAGAGAGGUUCUCCCUCCUCAGACAGACACAGGAAGCACGCUCGAACUCGCUCCAGAAGUCGGGAGAGGAAACGCCGGCGCGUGGAGCCGGAGAAAGAGAGGAGGACAGAUGGAACAGCGAGCAGUAGAGAGAAAACUGUGAGCGUCAGCAGGAGCAGAGACUCAGAAGAGACCACGUCCAGUGAAUGCCAUGUGGAGGAGAAAGUAGAGGAGGAGAUGCUGAAACCUGUUUGGAUCCGCUGCACGCAUGCUGAAAGCUACUACUCCAAUGAUCCCAUGGACCAAGUGGGUGACUCUACUGUUGUGGGUACCAGCAAGUUGAGAGAUCUGUAUGAGCGGUUUGAAGAGGAACUCGGCCGGAGACAAGAAUGUGCCAAAUCCAGCCGACCAAAAUGGGAGCCACCCAAAACCAAACUGGACCAGGAUGAAGAUGAGAGCUCCAGUGAGUCAGAUUGUGAGUCUGAUGAAGGUGGUAGCAGUUGCUCUAGCAGCUCAGACUCUGAGGUGUUUGAUGUCAUCGCUGAGAUAAAGAGGAAGAAAGCUCAUCCUGAUCGCCUGCAUGAGGAACUUUGGUACAAUGACCCAGGACAGAUGAAUGAUGGUCCCUUGUGUAAGUGCAGCGCUAAAGCCAGACGUACUGGAAUCCGUCACAGUAUUUAUCCUGGUGAAGAGCCGGUGAAACAGUGUCGGCCAAUGAACAACAACGCUGGCAAAUUAUUCCACUACAGAAUCACUGUGUCUCCACCCACCAACUUCCUGACGGACAGACCCACAGUGAUUGAAUAUGACGAUCAUGAGUACCUGUUUGAAGGUUUCUCGCUGUUCUCUCACACACCUCUCACCAAUAUUCCUUUGUGUCGAGUUAUUCGUUUUAACAUUGAUUACACCAUUCACUUUAUAGAAGAGAUGUCACCUGAGAACUACUGUGUGAAAGGUCUGGAGCUCUUCUCCUCGUACCUCUUCAAAGACAUCCUGGAGCUCUAUGACUGGAACCUUACAGGUCCUGAUGAUGAGACACCUCAAGGUUGUCAGAGAUUCCAUUUCAUGCCACGGUUCGUUCGUUUCCUUCCAGAUGGUGGUAAGGAGGUGCUAUCCAUGCACCAGGUGUUGCUUUAUCUGCUGCGCAGCAGUAAGCCGUUGGUUCCCGCAGAGGAGAUUGCUAACAUGCUACAGUGGGAGGAACUGGAGUGGCAGAAAUAUGCUGAGGAGUGCAAGGGCAUGAUCGUCACCAACCCUGGCAUGAAACCAAGUUCAGUGAGGAUCGACCAGUUAGAUCGUGAGCAGUUUAACUCCAGUGUUAUCACUUUCCCCAUCAUCGUUCAUUUCGGGAUUCGGCCUGCUCAGCUCAGCUACGCUGGAGACCCGCAAUAUCAAAAGUUGUGGAAGAGUUACGUGAAAUUGCGCCACCUGCUGGCCAACAGCCCAAAGGUGAAACAGAUUGACAAACAGAAGUUAACCCAAAGAGAGGAAGCUCUGCAGAAGAUCCGUCAGAAGAAUACAAUGAGACGAGAGGUCACCGUUGAGCUCAGCAGUCAGGGAUUCUGGAGAACCGGUAUCCGAUCCGAUAUCUGCCAGCACGCCAUGAUGCUGCCGGUUCUUACCCAUCACAUCCGGUACCAUCGGUGUCUGAUGCAUCUGGACAAACUGAUCGGAUACAUAUUUAAAGAGCGCUGCCUGCUGCAGUUGGCCAUGACUCACCCCAGCCAUCAUCUGAAUUUCGGAAUGAAUCCCGAUCAUGCCCGGAAUUCUCUGUCCAACUGCGGCAUACGGCAGCCCAAGUAUGGAGACCGGAAAGUGCAUCACAUGUACAUGAGGAAGAAGGGAAUAAACACUUUAAUCAAUAUUAUGUCACGUCUGGGGCAGGACGACCCAUCUCCCUCCAGAAUUAAUCACAAUGAGCGCUUGGAGUUUCUUGGUGAUGCAGUCGUUGAGUUUCUGACCAGCGUACAUCUCUAUUAUCUGUUUCCAAGCCUGGAGGAGGGUGGACUCGCCACAUAUCGUACAGCGAUCGUUCAAAACCAACAUCUUGCUAUGCUUGCUAAGAAACUGGAGUUAGAUCGGUUUAUGCUGUACGCUCACGGGCCGGAUCUGUGCAGAGAAUCAGACCUCAGACAUGCAAUGGCCAACUGCUUUGAAGCUCUGAUAGGGGCAGUUUAUCUUGAAGGAGGCUUGGAGGAAGCCAAGCAGCUGUUUGGCAGACUCUUGUUUAACAUUGACGACUUGAGGGAGGUUUGGCUCAACUAUCCACCUCAUCCUUUACAGAUUCAAGAGCCUCUGACAGACAGACAGUUGAUCGAGUCGUCUCCAGUCCUGCAGAAACUCACCAGUUUUGAGGAUUCUAUUGGAGUGCUGUUCACUCAUGUGCGUCUCUUGGCCCGAGCCUUUACUCUGAGGACAGUGGGCUUCAAUCACCUCACCCUUGGCCACAAUCAGCGGAUGGAGUUUUUGGGAGAUUCUAUCAUGCAGUUGGUGGCAACCGAAUAUCUGUUCAUCCAUUUUCCAGAUCAUCACGAAGGACAUCUUACCCUUCUGCGCAGCUCUUUGGUGAAUAAUCGCACUCAGGCGAAGGUUGCAGAAGAGUUGGGCAUGCAGGAAUACGCCAUCACCAAUGACAAAACCAAACGACCUGUUGCCCUACGGACCAAAACUCUGGCUGAUUUGUUAGAGUCAUUUAUUGCAGCUCUGUACAUUGACAAAGACCUGGUCUACGUACACGCGUUUAUGAAUGUCUGCUUCUUUCCACGACUCAAGGAGUUUAUUUUGAAUCAGGACUGGAAUGAUCCUAAAUCUCAGCUUCAGCAGUGCUGUCUCACUUUGAGAACAGAGGGUAAAGAGCCUGAUAUUCCUCUCUAUAAGACACUUCAGACAGUGGGACCGUCUCACGCCCGGACCUACACAGUGGCCGUGUACUUUAAAGGUGAACGAAUCGGCUGCGGAAAAGGGCCCAGCAUUCAACAGGCAGAGAUGGGUGCAGCUAUGGAUGCUCUGGAGAAAUAUAACUUUCCUCAGAUGGCUCAUCAGAAACGUUUCAUCGAGCGGAAGUACCGACAAGAGCUGAGAGAGAUGAGACAAGAACGAGAGCGACAGGAAAGAGACAGUGAUGAAGGCUAAUCUCACAACAGCACCAUUAGGAAUAGAGCUCAACUUUUAUAUAUUUGUGCAUGUGUGUGUGUGUGUGUGUGUGUGUGUGUGUGUGUGUCUCUUAUUUAGAAUUGUUUUUAUGUAAAUAAAAACUGAGAUGCUUAAAACGAUGAGAACACGUAUUAUAUGUUCAUUAAAUCUGUUCACACUAUAUUAGCAUUUUGGCAAUAAUGGUAAAUGACUGAAAAGUAAAUGACCUGUGGCUUUAGCUGGAGUGCAUUUCUACACUGUAAAAAAUAAUAUGCUGGAUUUACUUAAAAAUACAGUGCAUCCAUUUUUUAAGUAAAUCCAGCCUUUAUUUUGUUCAGUGUAGAUUUAUACCAGGCCAGUAUCAAGUUUAUUUUUCCUUUUUAUUUUUUGUGGUAAAAGUGUAGUAACCAUGUUUUUUGGUGUAUUGAUUACUAUUAGCAAAACUGGUUUUACUACACUAACCAUGUUUUUUUUUCUUUAGUAAAACCAUGGUUAUUUUUCAUAAGGGUCAUAAAUACACUGUAAAAAAUUGU